CUAUCGCUGUCGCCGGUCACUGCUCUCUGCUUUCUCCUUCGCUCGCCUCCCCUUGCCCAGGGGAAAGGUCAGCACCGACCUGGAGCCACCGUGCCACUCCCUGACAACCAUGAACUGCAGCGAGAGCCAAGGGCUGAGAACCCUCUUGAGCCGCUUGCUGCUGGAGCUGCAUCACCAGGGCAAUGCCAGCGGCCUGGGCACUGGCCCUGGCCCGAGCAUGGGCAUGGGGGUUGUGCCUGACCCCUUCGUUGGCCGCGAGGUGACCAGCGCCAAGGGAGACGACGCCUAUCUCUACAUCCUGCUCAUCAUGAUCUUCUACGCCUGCCUGGCCGGAGGCCUGAUCCUGGCCUACACCCGUUCCCGCAAGCUCGUCGAGGCCAAGGAUGAGUCGUCCCAGGCCUGCUCUGAGCACGAAUGGGCUCUGGGAGGCGCCCCAGCCGCCGAUGCGGAGACUGCCGCUGGCUCCUCCACCGAGGGCUGCAGUCAGAUCGCCUCCGGGGGGCUGCCAGCCCUUGCCCAGGGCGCCGAGCGAGUCUAG